UCUGACAGUUCUUGGAUCCGGCGGUCAUUGUUAAAGUUGAACUAAACUUCGAGCGGUCAAACGAAACUGCGAGCGGUCCAACGGCUAUACACAGUACGAAGCCACGCAGGCGUCGAACAAACAGCUGAAUGGCUUGUGGCCGAUUGGCCAUACUUAAGAGCAACCAAUCAGUCAAUCUGAGACAGGCCUAAAAUCUGGUAUUUGACAUCUGUCCUAUCAUCACUGAGCAGGAAUUUGGGCUGCUUACUCCGUUGUCAUCCGUCUUACGGGUUGGCGCUGUCUAACGGCGCUUGUUAGCAGCCAAACGGGCAAGGAACGACUGCAAAGACUUCUGAUCGGCUAGGCAGUUCAAAUUCCAGGCAAUCAUCUUGCGGUCAUCCCGAUUCGAUGUUAAUCAAUAAAUUAACAAGCAUUAAUUAACAAGGAAAAAACAAGAAACUCGGAGCACGUUGCAGUUUCAAGCUCUUCAUCCUCAAGGCCCCUGGAGGAUAAGCAAAUGAUCAAUCCAUCGUGAAUCAAUGAAUAGGUUCGAGAAUCGAGAGACAUUUUCUAUGUCCAUCGAGUCGUGUUUAAGUUAACACCACUGUUGCACUCCACACAGUUCAACCACCAAUACUUUUGCUAAAGGCGUGCCCGUUAACAACCCACGCCACGAUUUUAGGAAACGUAUGGGCCACUACAGGAGCGACCAAAUUCACCCGACUAGAAACGUUUCUACUCUAUUUUUUUUUACCGCGGCCGAUAGCUGGUCCAAGUACUGUCGGUGGUUUAAUUGAUUAGCUGUCUUUCCAGCUAUAUAAGGUAAUAGUAUCAGUUUUGGGGAUAUGCAAUUUAGCUCUCUUUCUAAUCACUAAGGUAACAGUAUCAUUUUUGGGCGGUGGCAUCAUCUCCGCAUAAUGGAGCUGAUUCAGCAGGUGAAGAACUCCGUCGCCACGGAAUGGAUCAAUCAGCAAACAGUGAGGAAGUCUAUCAGAAUGCAGAUCGACCACUCGAUAAAGGGUUCCCCGGUCAAGCCCAAGUCUGAAUCGACGGCGAAGAAGAAGACGUACAACGAGAUAGGAAAGCUGGAGGAUCCUAGGAGAGUGGAGGCGAGGGAGAAGGCGACCAAGAAAAAAAUAUCGGAACGAGCGCUCAUUAGAGCGGAGUUGAAGAAGCACAGAUACCACCUCCAAAAGCUCAGCAAUGGCAACAUAAAUGAACCUUACCCAGACACUCUUGUGGUAUUGAAACACGAGGGGGAUCGAGGCCCACUGCAAGAAGAGCACCAGACAAGGAAACAUCCAGGCUACAUACGUAACGAGUUCGGAGGCUUCUUCACGUGUGGCACUCGCGAGGGCGUCGGAGGGUUGUCCCUCCCCUCCGCCGCACAUGAUUCCAAUGUCCCUCGUAUUGCCAAUUACCAUGCGGUCGUUCGCGAGGCGGCUGUCCUUCCUCCAUGCACUGGCGGCAUGGACAAGUCCUCCUCCGGUCGCGGACGUACUAGAUGUGGGUCCUUUGGAGAGAACCCGUCGCAUUCCAGAGCCCGGGGAAAGAUAAAUUUCGGGCCCUGUACGUCUUGCUUGUCGAAAGGUCGUACGCCCCAGCGACGUUCUCAGAGGCUGAGUCCGGAACGGGUUAUGCUGCAAAGAAACGGGUCUAAGAGCGUAAUGGAAGGGGUCAGAGAGCACACCAAGCGAGUUAACUCAUUUGUCCGAAACGGUAUUGCACGCACUGGGACUGACGCCAGCCAUGUGGAGGAUGAGGAUGAACCUGGUCCAGAUGGAGAAGUGGGAGAGGACUCACCGGCGGAAGCCGUGGACGGCGUGGAGAUCAGCAUGGCAUUCCCAAGUGGCUUCCGGUUGCCGCCAGGCGCGGCAGCCUCGGGGGCGCUCCCUUUCUUCCGCGCAGAAGUUUUGGCAAGGUCGAAUCUGGGGAAGAGAAUCAUUUAUGGCAGCCUGCUGGGGGCGGGGGCGCUGUCAGCGUUGCUGAUGGGGGGGUGGGUUUACACUGGCGGACUCUCGAUCGUCACUUGCUUGGCCACGCGGGAGUACUUCGGACUCGUCGGGGAGAAAGGCAUAGCGCAGGGCAUGAAGCCGCCACCUGCGAUUGUGACGAAAGUGUGCACGCUGAUGUGUUCGGCGAUGCCGUUGCUUACCUUGUAUUACAAUGGACGUGUGGGUGCGGCAUUGACGACGGCAGCGUUCGUUCUCGUCUCCGUGCUGCUGCUGCAGCCAUCGCGGCCGCGAUUUGCGCAGGUCUCAUCGGCGAUAUUUGGGCUUUUCUACUGCGGGUAUUUGCCGUCGUUCUGGGUCAAGCUGAGAUGCGGACUGAAUGUACCCCCCGCUAUUGGGACGCAUCUGGCGGUGGCGGGGGGGAAAUGGCCGGCCGUCUUCGGAGGCAGGGCUCAUUGGACAGUAGGGCUCCUUGCGACAAUGGUGGCAAUGUCGUGCGUCGUUGCUGCCGACACCGGUGCCUUCGUGGGAGGCAAAGCUUUUGGUAGAACCCCGCUGAGCGCAAUCAGCCCAAAGAAGACAGUGGAGGGUGCAAUGUCAGGCCUCGCAUCUGCACUUGCCGUUGCCGUUCUUCUCUCCAAGCUCCUCAACUGGCCGGUCUCUCUAACAGGCGCAGCAAUGCUGGCAGCCUUGACUUUCGUCGCCAGCCUGUUUGGCGAUCUUAUGGAGUCGAUGAUCAAGCGCGAUGCAGGGGUGAAGGACUCCGGAACGCUCAUCCCUGGCCAUGGGGGUAUACUCGAUAGGGUUGACGGAUACAUAUUUACUGGGGCUCUGGUGCACUCGUUUGUGAAGCGUGGUCUUCCUUUGUUCGGCCUGUGAAUAAUCUUAGGGCCAGAUCCCACUGGCAAAGAGGAUUGGAAGAAAUGUCUGAAUCUGCACGUGUUCCACGCAGAGGUGCAGAAAAGUAGAUCAAUCACAAUUUUUUGCACCUUUCCACAAACACGUCCAGAUUAAGACAUUCGAUGGGUUGGGUUUUGACGCUGAAGCCUCGAAGGUUAGGUUAUCUAUCAUUCAACGCGUCGCGUCUUUCUUCGCGUCGUCGUCAUGUCGUCAUGGCAUGAUUAGGGAGGGGGGUUGAUGAUGCACGAGCCGGCAGGGAUCGUAUAUAUAGUAGUGUUCUUUUUUUCUAGUCUUUUGCUGGGUGAAAACAAAUGCUGGCAUUUAUU